AUGGGUCUAUUCAAUCCUGUCUAUGCCCUUCUCAUCCCCUCGCUGCUCUUUGUAACGAUACCUCUUGCUAUCCUGGCCGGUCUCACCACCACCCUCGCCUUCUCCGUCCUCAUCCUCCGCGUCAUCGUUGUGUAUCUUGACAUCGCCCUCUCCGUCCCCCAGUCCCUCGCAGGCCGAGGCACAGCCUCCUUGCAGCAGCGUCUCGCCGCCUCGAGCAACGCCACCAAGACUCUUCCUUACUCUCAAUCGUCUUCUCCUCUGCGCUCUUCUAUCCGCCACCGCCGUCGACGCAGUUCUGUAAGCGCACUCUCAGGAGGUUCCACGUCCUCGCUCUCCGCAAGCGAGCGCGGGCCCGGCCUGAUCCCAAGUAUCGGGCCUGAAAGGGAGUUUGAGGGCAUAGGAGGGUGGCGGCUAAGAGAUGACGAUGACGACGAGCUUUGGACCACCGUCAAUGCCCUCCCAGACCGGUCUCUUGGACGGCAUCAUGGUAGGACAUCAUCCACGGGUCCAACCACCCCCGGCGAGGGCGGCUAUCUCAUGAUGAAGGGCCGCACACACAGCCCCGAAGCCAGAAAGGCGGCAUCCCCCAACUGCUCCCGAGCAAGGACGCCAACCGGGCCUCGAGUUGGGUUUGCAACCACAAAUCUGAAUCAAAACGAAGGCGGGUACUUUGCACUGGUCCGCGCGAAGCAGUGA